AUGAUUUGCAGGGAUCGAGGCGUGCGAGUCCCAAACAGUGUUGCUGUGGUUCAUAUUCCCACACAUCCAUGCCUGAAUUUUGGCGUUACACCCUUGCUCUUGCUUGCAGACAUAUUUUAAAAGGUGAACAUUUCCCUCUCUCGGCCAACAACAGAAAUAUCAUUUGUCUAACAUAGUCAUUUUCCCAUGGUGCUCAGCUGCGGGUCUUUCGAAUAUGGAAGGGGAGGAGGAAGCGGGGAAAGUUACGGCCUCUCUGUCUGAAGAGGUAAUUGGGAGGCAUGAAGAAGAGGGACUAAGAGAUAAGGGUGUUGAGUGUGAUGAAAACGACAGUGAGGAUGAGGAUAGCGAUGAAGGAAAACUAGAUAUUAGUUCAGAUACGUUUGAUCCGCUGCUAGCCCUUUAUUCAGACAAGACACCCCUCCCAUACCCUAAUGUGAAAUGUUUUAACAAUUUAGCGGAAUAUGAGAGUUUUCUCAAAGGGAGAGGCCGAACUCAAAGUGGACCCCCAAAGGAAAAAAAGGAAAAACGAAGAUGCAAACCUGCCCCUGAUCCUGAGCGAAUUGAAAGACUGAAGGGUCUUAUUUUACCUGAGAAAAGAGAGGAGGCAGAGAAACUUAGGACAGCCCCCCGGAGACAGAAGGCUCCCAAAAAUGUACUCACUAGGAUGCCACGUGAGUAUUAA